AAAUUAUUUAUGAAAUUAAUUUAUAUUAAUAUAAUUGUACAGUGAGAUUCACAAACUAUUAAAUAGCCAGUGCUGCUGCUGCUGCGUGCCAUGGGAAAGUAAACAAGACUUUCGAGGAAACCAUAAAGGGAGCUUUGUUUCUUUUCCAAUAUUCAACAGCAAGUUCUUCUUCACUACCAUGCAAUGGAUUCCAUGAAUAACUUUGGCCUUAUUCUUUAUCUUCUUAUAUUAUUCAUCUCUCUUGCCAGUGCCCAGCAGCUGGUUUGCUACGAAACAGGAAACUUCACAACCAACAGCACCUAUGCUCAGAAUCGUGGCCUCCUCCUCUCUUCUCUUGCCUCAAAUAUCACAAAGAAUGGCAGUUUCUACGCUACCUCAGUUGGCCAAGACAGCGAUAAGGUGUACGGUCUUGUGCUUUGCAGAGCAGACACUCCUUCAGACGCUUGUUCCAACUGUGUCGAUUAUGGGAUUCAAAAUCUCAUAUCAAACUGCCCUAACCAGAAAGAAGCAAUUUCAUGGGGAGGGAAUACUGAUUUUCCUCCUUGUAUUAUUCGGUAUGCUAAUCGAAAUAUCUUUGGAAGAGCUGAGGUAGAUCCUUCCAACUCUGGAGUCAACGUGGGAGACCUUCCAUCAAAUAUUCCGCAGUUUGAUGAAAUCUGGAGCAGUUUAAUGGAACAAGUUGGAACAAGAGCUUCCAUGGGAUCUUCAAAGAUUAAGUUCGCAACUGGAGAAGCCAAUUAUUCAACAGGACUCCAUGAAACCAUAUAUGUAAUGAUGCAGUGUACGCCUGAUCUCUCCCAGAGUAAUUGUAGUUAUUGCCUACAGCAAGCUGUGGGUGACUUUAGAGCUUGUUGCUCUGGAAAGAGAGGAGGUUAUGUUCUACAACCAAGCUGCUGGUUCCGAUGGGAUCUCUUCCCCUUCUACGCAUCCACUGCUGAUGAUGCUCCACCACCAUCUACACCUCCACCUCCACCUACAACACCGAUUGCAGAAGAUAAUGGAGGCAUUAAGUCUGGUAUUGUCGUGAUUACAGUUGUUCCUGUGGUCAGCUUUCUGUUGCUUGUUACUGUCACGUACAUCCUUUUCAGGAGAAAGAAAAAAAGGCCGCCGAGCAAAAAUGGUUAUGAAGGAAAUGAUGAAAGUACGACUACUGUUGAAUCUUUGCAAUUCGACAUUGAGGCUAUAAGGGUGGCAACAAAUAAUUUCUGUGAUGAUAAUAAGCUUGGAGAAGGUGGAUUCGGCACCGUUUAUAAGGGUAGACUUCCUGAUGGACCAGACAUAGCAGUGAAGAGGUGGUCAAGAAAUUCUAAACAAGGAGAUAUUGAAUUUAAAAAUGAAGUCUUAUUAGUUGCCAUGCUUCAACACAGAAACUUGGUUAGGCUUCUAGGUUUCUGCCUGCAAGAAAAAGAGAAGCUUCUCAUCUAUGAGUUUGUUCCCAACUCAAGCCUUGACCGUUACAUUUUUGAUUCAAAUAAGCGACUAUUGCUUGAUUGGAGUAAAAGAUAUAAAAUCAUAGAAGGCAUAGCUCGAGGAAUACUUUAUCUUCAUCAAGAUUCUCGAACAAGGAUUAUUCAUCGUGAUCUCAAAGCUAGUAACAUUUUAUUAGAUGAACAAAUGAAUCCUAAAAUUUCAGACUUUGGAACAGCAAAAUUGUCUGCAGUAGAUCAAUCUCAAGAUGCUACACGUAGAAUUGUGGGAACCUAUGGAUAUAUGCCUCCAGAAUAUGCAAUGCAUGGACGUUUCUCAGUGAAAUCUGAUGUAUUUAGCUUCGGUGUGCUUGUAUUGGAAAUUAUGAGUGGUCAAAAAGCUGCUCAUUUGCGAAACGGAGACAUGGAUGAAAACCUCCUUACCUAUGCAUGGAGAUGCUGGAAUGACGGAACCCCUUUACAUCUGAUAGAUGCUAUUCCAUUGAGCGUUGGUUCGAGAAACGAAAUGAUAAGAUGUAUCCAUAUUGGGUUACUGUGUGUUCAAGAAGAAGUGACGAGGAGACCCACCAUGGAUUCUGUUGUUCUUAUGCUUAGCAGUCACUCUGUCUCUCUCCCACAACCCGAUAGAGUUGCAUAUUUUCUGUACAGUACCAUAGACGAAGAGCCGCUAGCAUCACCACCUAAUCACGAAAUCAAUGUGGUAGAACAAUCAAUAAACGAGGCUUCAUUUAGUGAACAAGGUCCUCGAUGAUAUUUGAACAUGAUAAAUAUUGCAAAAUAAUUUUCUUUUUUUUUUUUUUUAAAUUUUAUUGGCUUUUUUUGAUGAGUAACUUCACUAAUAACGUACGCUGAAUUUGUUGGUGAAAUUCAGCAUUGCCCUGUCCUGCCUUGUUUUAUCUGUGUUUGUAGCUUGCUCUAAUUCCACACAUUUGAUCUCAUAAUUCGAGAGAUUAUCAA